AUGUGGAAAUUUGCAGACGAUACUUCGGUUUCCGAAGUUAUUCCAAACGAUGGUGUUAGUUCCCUGCCAGAUAAAGUAGACGAAGUAAAUAAAUGGUCGAAUGACAACAAAUUUCAACUGAACCCUGGUGAAUGUAAAGAGCUGAGGAUAAACUUUACCACGCAACCAUUUGCUGAGGAACCCCUAAAUAUAAACGGGAAGCCAUUUGAAAUUGUAAAAUCCGCAAACGUUCUGGGCAUGAUAGUUACCAAUGAUUUGAAAUGGAACAAACAUGUAAGCAAUACCGUGGAAAAGGCUUCUAAGAGACUCUAUUUAUUAAGGCAAUUAAAACGUGCUGAAGUGGAAACUAGAUCCUUAUACAAGUUUUAUACCGCCGGCGUGUAUAAGAUCUGUCGUCGA